AAAUAAUUUAUUAUUAAUAUGGACCACUUUGAAUAGCCAUCAGCAAAAUUGCUUUAUCUUAUUAAUGAGAUGAAUAGAUUGAAAAUGAUCACACAAUUAGAGAAAUGCACAUUAAAAUGUAUUAUAAAAAUAUAAUCUCAGAGUUUAUUUUGCAGGAACAUCAAGGGAUCUACGACCUUUUGAAACAGUAUCCAAAGAGUAACACUGAACUUGAGUUGGCAGAGGCCAUAAUUAUAUUAUUAAGAGGAGCUCCAAAUUCAGGAUGUAAUAUAAUUCAAUUAUUAUUUUAGAAUAAUAAGUUCAAGAUGAUGGCGAAUAUUAAGCAGAUUUGGUUAUUACAGAUGAUGUAAGAAUUAAUUGAAUAUAUAUUAAAGCUUUAAUCUCCUUUGGGAAAUCAAUUGAUGAGUAGGAAGAAUAAUAAAUAAAAGAAACAUUAAUAACAAGAUAGCAGACCUUUUGAAUUAAAUAAGAUCCAAUGAUUCAGUUUACAGGAAUAUAUAUAUAAAACAUUUAUUUCAAUUGUCAAUCC